GCCGGCCCUGGGGAGCUGACACCCCCCAGCACGCGGGCCCUGGUGUCUCCCCAGCGCGAGGAGCCCAACGAGGAGACUCUAAAACCAGCCCCCCACGUGCCCGGCUCCUCUGCACAGCCAGUGACCCCGCCCCCUCCCCACGCAGGACCCCGAGUCUGCACCUGCAUCCCCCCCUCUGCAUGGCCGCAGCGCCCCAUCGCUCCCCCGCCGGCGUCGUGUGGUUCCUGAGAAAGGAGCAGUGUCUGGGUUGAGAAGGCUCAAGGACAGACAAACAGAUCCCUGCCCCCCGUGCUGAGGUGUUAGGGCAAGGAAGUUUCAUAGCCAACACAGCGAUGGGGCCGGCAUCACCCGCCUUUGGCUGCCCGAGGGAUCAGUCUCCAAUGAGGUGCCAGAGCACCCCUGCGUGUCUCCUGUCUCAAACCACGUCUAUGAGCGAAGACUGAUUGAAAAGUACAUCGCGGAGAAUGGGACUGACCCAGUGAAUAACCAGCCGCUGUCUGAAGAGCAACUGAUCGACAUCAAAGUUGCCCACCCAAUCCGGCCCAAGCCACCCUCGGCCACCAGCAUCCCGGCCAUUCUGAAAGCCCUUCAGGAUGAGUGGGACGCCGUCAUGCUGCACAGCUUCACACUCCGCCAGCAGCUGCAGACCACCCGCCAGGAGCUGUCGCACGCACUGUACCAGCAUGAUGCUGCCUGCCGCGUCAUUGCUCGUCUCACCAAAGAGGUCACCGCUGCCAGAGAAGCGUUGGCGACUCUGAAACCCCAGGCUGGCCUCAUAGUCCCCCAGGCUGUGCCGUCUUCCCAGCCCAACAUCACGGGUGCUGGCGAGCCAAUGGAUCUGGGAGAGCUGGCAGGCAUGACCCCCGAGAUCAUCCAGAAGCUUCAAGACAAAGCCACGGUGCUGACCACGGAGCGUAAGAAGAGAGGCAAGACAGUUCCAGAGGAGCUGGUGAAGCCAGAGGAGCUCAGCAAGUAUCGACAGGUGGCCUCACAUGUGGGCUUGCAUAGCGCUAGCAUCCCAGGGAUCCUCGCUCUGGACCUCUGUCCUUCCGACACCAACAAGAUCCUCACUGGCGGGGCGGAUAAAAAUGUCAUCGUCUUUGACAAGAGCUCGGAGCAGAUCCUGGCGACUCUCAAAGGGCACGCCAAGAAGGUCACCAGCGUAGUGUUCCAUCCGUCCCAGGAGCUGGUGUUCUCUGCUUCUCCCGAUGCCACUAUCCGGAUCUGGUCGGUCCCAAGCGCCACUUGUGUGCAGGUUGUCCGGGCCCAUGAGAGCGCCGUGACAGGGCUGAGUUUGCAUGCCACGGGCGACUAUCUCCUGAGCUCCUCUGAUGACCAGUACUGGGCUUUCUCUGAUAUCCAGACGGGCCGUGUGCUCACCAAGGUCACAGAUGAGACCUCUGGCUGCGCUCUCACCUGUGCUCAGUUCCACCCUGAUGGGCUCAUUUUUGGGACGGGGACUAUGGACUCUCAAAUCAAGAUCUGGGACUUGAAGGAACGCACCAAUGUGGCCAACUUCCCAGGGCACUCCGGUCCCAUCACCAGCAUCGCGUUCUCAGAGAACGGCUACUACCUGGCCACGGCCGCUGACGACUCCUCCGUCAAACUCUGGGAUCUGCGCAAGCUCAAGAACUUCAAGACGCUGCAGCUGGACAAUAACUUUGAGGUGAAGUCCCUCAUAUUUGACCAGAGCGGUACCUACUUGGCCUUGGGCGGCACGGACGUCCAGAUCUACAUCUGCAAGCAGUGGACGGAGAUCCUCCACUUCACAGAACACAGUGGCCUGACUACAGGUGUGGCCUUCGGCCACCAUGCUAAAUUCAUCGCUUCCACGGGCAUGGACAGGAGCCUGAAGUUCUACAGCCUGUAGCCUCUUUUCCUAGGAUCUGGGGGGAUGGGCUGUGUCCUUUACUGUAGUGUUGGGAUUACUGGGGGGAGGUAACAUGGGUGGGUGGGGUUAUCAUUGCUUUACUUUGAGGUAUCAGGGGGAGGCCAGCCUAGCGCACCCCCUUCCCUGUGCUCAAAGGCUUUGUUUUUCCAGUUUUGUGUUUGUCUUUCCAGCUUAGAUUCUGUUCUGUGAUUGUAACAAACGAAAUGGAACCAAACCCCUCCACUGACAGACAGCUGUGAAUGAGAGGCUGGGUGGGGGAAAGAGUGGGGUGGCAUAGGAAUGGGAGAGAAGGGGGGGGAUGGGGAAUUGUGCGUUUUUUUUGUAAGCAGCUAUCUACUUUCAUUAA